AUGGGUGGACACAAACGCGUAAUACGUCCAGACACCCAUCCAGAGGCUUUUGUUCCAGUUCCCCCAGAUGGUGGUUGGGGUUGGGUGGUGGUGUUUGCAGCCUUCUUCACCAAUCUCAUUAUCGAUGGAAUCUACGUCUCAUUUGGAAUCAUGGUCACUGAUCUGGUGGAUCAUUUCAACUCCACCGUCGCUACAGUUAUGCUCAUGGGAUCUCUACUUCUUGGUGUUUAUCAGAUUGUUGGUCCGGUGGCGGCGGGCAUGGUGAAUCGGUUCGGAUGUCGAGCAGUGGGAAUGUUCGGAGCUGUUCUUGCAACAGUCUCAGUGUUUAUCAGUGCUUUCAUGCCAAACAUUGAAUGCAUGAUUGUCUCCUACGGCAUCUUUGCUGGUAUGAUUUCGUGUAUUAUUUGUGCCAUAUAUAUGCAAGUGGUAUUAUGGCCCUUUGCUAAGGGUAAAGAAAGUAUCUUAGGAGUUCUAUGGGGGGAAGAAAUAGUCAUGAUGCCGUUUCUAUUUCCUCCUGUUUUGGUUUUUUUGCAACGUGUUCGGGUAUGUUCAUCUACGCAUGUUUAUUUCACUUAA